AUGGACGGGUCGGCGUUUAUGUCGCUGUCGCCGGAGCUCCGCGACGCGCUCGCCAAGGUCCCUCAGCUUCCGCCCAUGCGCUCCAUGAGCGUCAGGCGCGUGCUGGCGCCGCUCUCCGACGUCCCCGUCGGCACCGACGAGGCCUCGCCUUCGCCGUCGUCGUCGAUGUCGCCCGCCGCGUCGUCGUCGCACCGCAGGGCUGCCCGCGAGGAUUGA